AUGUGUGUAUACCAGGUUGUCAUGGUCAAAGGAGAAACGGAGUUGGAUAUGCGUGGACGGUGCAGUGCAGGACAAAAAGUGCUGACAUCUAUUAUGAUUCGUCUUGCUCUAGCUGAAACCUUUUGUGUAAAUUGUGGUAUUUUGGCAUUGGACGAACCUACAACCAAUCUAGAUCGCGAAAAUAUUGAAAGUCUUGCAGAAUCUUUAGCAGAAAUCAUACAAUACCGUCGCCAGCAGAGCAAUUUCCAGCUAAUUGUUAUUACCCACGAUGAAGAAUUCAUGCAGCUGCUAGGAUCUGGCGAAUUUGCAGAUUUUUAUUACCGUGUAGAAAAACGAGCCGAGUAA